CAGUAAACUCUGGCGGAUGAAGGUAAAGCAUACAUUGGCUUUAAAACUCACCAAGACUCUAGCAGAGGUGGAUACUACAUGGAUUCAGCUUCACAAUUCUACAACAGAAAACAUUGCGAUUCACGUAGGGAGUCCAAGUUUGGAUGAGGGACAAACCAAGGAGGAACAAACCGAGGAGCAAACCGAGGAACAAACCGAUCAGACAUCUUACACCCCAUUGCUUAUCGCAGCCAGCAAAGGAAUAGUAGAAAUAGUUGACAGCGUGAUUCUGGUGAAACCUCAGGGAAUUGAGCACGUCAGUAGGGACGAGGAAAACAUAUUACAUGUGGCCAUUAGCUACCGCAAAAUAGAAAUCUUCCAGCGCAUUAAGAAGAUGAAAACAAUGACUCGUAGGCUGGCUUCACGGAUUGAUAAGAAAGGCUACACUAUAUUGCAUCAUGUUGCCGACAUGAAGAACUAUGAUCGAGGACCCCAACCUGGUCCUGCUUUCCAAUUGCAGGCGGAGUUGAAAUGGUUCAAGCGUGUGCAGAAAAUAAUUCCUGACCAUUAUGUCAUGCACCACGACAGAACUAAUCAAAUGACAGCAGAAGAGUUAUUCAAAGAGAAACACUCUAAACUUCUCGAGGACGCGCAAAAGUGGAUAAAGGAGACCUCUCAAUCAUGCUCUGCAGUCGCGGUCCUCGUUGCCACUGUAGUUUUCGCGGCUGCCUACACUGUCCCAGGGGGUAACGACGACACAGGCCAUCCAGUUUUCCUUCACUCUCCAUUCUUCCUGUUCUUCACUAUCAUGGACGUUCUCUCCCUUGCGAGCUCUUUGACUUCCGUUGUCAUGUUCCUCUCCAUUCUCUCUUCUCCAUUUGAGUAUGAAAAUUUCCGUAUAUCACUUCCGCGGAAGCUGACAUUAGGGUUCACGUUGCUCUUCUUCUCUGUCACAACAACCAUGCUUAGUUUCGCGGCUACUAUUUUGCUCAUUAUUCAUUUUAAGAAGACAUCUUGGACUACGACUGUGAUUUAUACUGCUGCGUUCCUUCCUGUCUGUGUGUUUGCGCUUAUGCAAUUCCCAUUGUACAAAGCAUUCUCCAGUACUUUGCGAGCCCUUACCAAGAAAAUAUUGAAGACGGUACUUCCCCAGAAAUUCACUCCUCGUUACUUGCUGACAACCAUUAAGCGAAAAUGGGCUUAACCUCCUCUUCCUUUUUCCAUCAUGAACUAAAUGUCAAAAAUCUUAUCUAUAUUACUGUAUUGCCAUGAUUUAUUUUUAUGUAAUAAGGCAAUGAGAAAUUAGAUAUUUCUCAUCCCUGUGCGUGCUUUUAUGAGUAAUAAAGGAACUUCUUUCUAGCCA